AUGAACAGAGUACCUAACGCUGAUAUGCCUACAGAAAAGGACCUGAAGAAAAUAGGUCGUGGUACUAUGGUUGAGAAAAUCGCCAUCGUCGAUGACGUAAAACUAAGCCUGGUAUCAUGGUAUGACAAUAAAGUGGUCAAUUUACUGUCUGCGUUUGUUGGUAGUGAACCGACUUCUACUAAGACUAGAUAUUUCAGAAAAGAUAAACAGUACAAGGACAUAACAUCGCCACAAUGCGUUGAUGUGUAUAACCGACACAUGGGAGGCGUUGAUUUGCUUGACUCUUUGUUAGGUCUGUAUAGGAUCAAAAUAAGAUCUCGUCAGUGGUAUAAAAAAAUAUUUUUCCACUUGGUUGAUAUGUGUGCAGUUAAUGCUUGGUUACUGUGGCGACGCAAGACUGACCAAUACAUGUCACUAUUUGACUUCAAGCUAGCCAUUUCUGAACAUUAUUGCAAGGCUGGCAAAAGUAUCUCAAGAAAAAGAGGCCGUCCUAGUAUCAGUAAUCCCGGUACACCUACCUUGUCAAGAGGAAAUACUCCUACGUCUUCUAGAACGGGUACUCCUACCAGUAGAAAUGAAUCUUUCACACCUCGAAAAAGGGCACGGAAAACCCCAGCAAAAGUGCAAGACCUACCUCUAAAUUCAGUACGUACAGACAAAAUUGACCAUUUCCCGAUACACCAAAAGAAUCGUCAAUUAUGUCAGAAUGAUUGUUCUUUGCGUUCUCAUAUAAAAUGUGAGAAAUGUGACGUUUUUCUUUGCUUGAAUGAGAAAAGAAACUGUUUUAGAGAAUUUCACCUUGUGUAA